AUGAUUGACCCCGCACAGACCCUUCCGUGGGAUUCGUCAAGCAAGCAAGCGCCGCGCGCCGCGCAUGGAAGCUCAGAGAGCGGUGCAGGACACCGAAGACGUGUACAUUCCAGCGCAGAAGCACGGCGCAGCUUGAACGGCUCUCCUCCGCCCACAAUAGACACGCCAGGCAAGCCGGUGCGCACUGUAAACCCCCCGCUUCCUCCCAACGCAACGCGCAAUAUCGCUGCAGCCAAGGAGCGCGAACGCGCCAUCCGACCCAAAGCACGCCCUUCGUCUGCUCCGCGGCGCCUUUCGCUCUCGGGUACGCGCUCCAUAUCGCCAGCCCCACACCCGUCGAAAAGUGUGCCGCCCGUGCCGCCCAUUGCGCCUCGCGCGCAUGCAUUGGCACAGGCGGCCGCAGGAACCUCUCACCAGCUUACUUCGUGGAUGCCCGUGCCGCCCCUGCCACACGCCGUGGUGCGCCGCGCAUCGCAGCAUGCGUCCGGCGCAGCGUCCGUGCAGACGCACGACGAUUACAGCUUUUUUAGCCACGAAGAAGACCGCAACACCUUUUCCGAGCAGCCGCACGGACAGAUAGAACGCAACCCAAGGUUGCGGCGCUCUGUUUCGACCAUCACGGUGCUGCGCAAAGCAAAGAAAGCCGAGCCUCCCCCGCCCGUCCCCAACGUGAUGGACGCUGUGCAAGGAGGCAACGCACGCACUUCGCGCUUGAGCAUGAACAUGGACGAGUGGGCCAAGGCGCUCGACUCGCUCGACUUUCCCACCACCGUCGUGCCCUCGUUUGACGCCUAUCCUGGCCUAGCCACGCACGCCAGCAUGCGUGCCGUGUCUGACCAGCGCGAAAAGCAAAUUGCAAAGCAGGACGCGGCGGCGGGUGCGGAGCGCACACGCGAGACCGCGGAAAUGCCACAAGAUGUCUCCAUGGAUGCCUCUGCCACCGACGCGGAUACAACCACGCAAACAGUCUACGACUUGGACGAGCACUCGAGCUCGGAGGCAAGCCUCGAGUCGCAACUGAGCCGACCCUCGCGUCUGAAGCGAUCGAACAAGAGCUCUGUGCGCGUCCUAUCGCGCAAGAUCGAGUGUGCGAUGUCGCCAACGUCUGAGCGCAGUGCGCCUGUAUGGAGCCCGCCUACCUCUAAGACCACCUCGCCGCAAAGCGUUGCGCGUCUCAGGCAGGAAGGCACGACACGCUCCAUGCAUUCCGAUGUCUCGCGCUCUGGGCCGCUCUCGUUUGUGACCAUGACGCCUUCGAGGAAACAUGUGGCGCCCGUGCGGCCAAAGACGCCAGAGCCGUUGCCGACGCCCCACGAUACGCUUGAGAGUGCGCUUGACGAGAGCUUCACCGGCCUUGGCGGCCCUGGCGGCCCCGAUUCCUGGUUUUCUGAUACAGAAGCGCAGGACUUGUCGCUGCGGCGCUUGUCGCUGCACCCGAGUAUGCAGACGCCAGAGAUGGAGCAAGGCGUGCUUAACACGCCCCCAGAAACGCCAGCGCCGCCCUCUGUUAAGCCUGUGGAUGUACAAGGGCCAUGGUCGGUGAUUGCGCCGUCGGUACGUAUGCCUGCUCCUCCGCGUGUGCCUCCCAUGGAAGCGCCAGCUUCGUUUUCAGAUACGGAUGCGCCUGAAGCCGAAGCACUGGUGCGUGAAGAGAGCCUGCAAACGCUCAAAGAGCCUGCAAUGCUCGUGAUGGACAAGGCGCCCGGCUCGCCGGAUUCCGUGCCGGAUACACCCAACCCCUGGCCGGAAGAUGCGAAGGAGGCUGAUCUGCUUAAUACGCAGGUUCCUGCCGAUAUGUAUGCACCACAGGAGCACUUGAGUGUUGAUCAAGAGACUACGCCGCGCAUUGGUGCAUUGGCCACACCGUUGGAUGCAUCAUCGCAAGAUGUGCCUGGCGCUGCUGCUCCGACUGCGCCGAAGGAUGUGCAGCAAGAGCCGCUUACUGUGCUGGACUCGGGCGAGACGGAUGAGGAGCGCGCCGAUGUACGUGCAGUGGAGUCGGUCGAUGAAGAGACGCAAGACCGCGUACAGUCUGCUCAAAAAACGGAGCGCGAAAUUGUGCCGCAGGACCAAGACCAGGUGCAGUUUAUUGUGAUGGAAACGCUUGCACAGAAACAGCCCGACGAUCCUUUCCGCGAUUUGCUACAGCACCAGUUGCAGCAAGAUGCUCAGAAAAGGGCGCCGGAGACUAUGCUUGGGUCAGAUUCUGCUGCGCAAGCACAGACGGCCGAUGCGGCGCAGGAAGCAACAAGUCAGGAGGAGGAAAUCGUGGUACAGGAAAUGGAAAUGUCUGCGAUCCCCGUUCAGGAAAACGAUGCGUCGCCACCCGUGCCUGCUUUGCAGCCAGCGCUCGAUCCCACAGCUCCCCGGCGUGCAUCCACUCCAGGAACACCGCAGGCGAUGCCGGGAACGAUGCGUUUGUACAGCGGCCCCCAUGUCGACGAGAAUUUGCCGCCCAUCUACCCGUUGGAGACCACCCAGCCGCGCCCUGAGCUCCCACUGGUCAUUCCCGACGGCGACCUGAUUGCAUCGCCGCCUGUGCCUUUGGCGAGGCAAUUGCCCAUCUUGGAAACGCCACGGGCGGAGAGGGCAGAGCGCGCCGGAGAGUGCAAUGCCGUGCGAACGCCCGAAACGGCAAAAGAAUAUGCAUCUGCUGAAACUUCUUGGACUACAGAGACGUACAAGACUGUGCAGCCAGUUCAGCGCACCAUCCCUCUUAAACCACAAACCCCCAGACGUGCAGCGCCGCCCAAACCGCAAAGCGCCGAGUCCACAGCGUCGUCCAAGUCGCAAACCUCCGAGCAGCGCCCACUGCAAACAACGACGCCCAAAGGGCCCCCAAGGACCCCCGGCGGAACAAACCCUUUUUUCCAAGCCCUUCCGCUGCAGAAGGCGUACGACCGAUCCGCUCACGAGAGCCGUGCGGUACAGAAAACAACUCCUGUCCACCUGCUAGAGCUUCGUGCACCGCCAGAAGAGAAGUUGGCGAGCACGGCGUCUACUGCCGAUUCGCGCCCACAAUCUUCUGCAUUCUCCGACUACCAGCUCUUUGAAGAAGCAGUCAGCCAGCUUUCCUACAACGAGUCCCCCCCCAUCGAUGUCGUCCAACCACGCUUCGAUGUGCCUCGCUUGGAGUUGGACGACAUCGAAAGCCAAAUGUCGACCCCGGGACGCGAAGCAAGAACUGCGCUCGGUCCCAGCCACGAGCGCUUGCCUGAAGCCGCGCGGCACUCUGCGUUUAUGGCUGGCCUUGGCUGGCAAGGUACAGCGCAAUCUCCCCGCAACGCCCCUACGCCGACCGGCGCGGCGUCGCUCGAUCGCAUCCCUCCGGUGCCGAUCCGAUCGCCGAAGAUGGGCACGGCAUCGCCUGCACAGCAUUCCUCUGCAACCAUGUACCAAGGCGCUUUUCGCCCGGCAGAACGCGAGCCAAGCCCGCCGCCCGAAGGCGAAAUAGAAGCGCACGCGGAAUGGGAACGAAGACAAUUGGAGAAGCAGUACGCACCUGCGAUCGAUACCCUCGAUCAGCCGCUCGAAAUGAUGGAAAUGAACGAAGAGGAUGUGUUUGUGGACACGGAGCAGGACUCGUCCAAGUUCAUUGCGCAGAACUUCACGACACGCCAGCUGCAGCAACGCCAGGUGCAAGAUCAGCUUCACAGUCUCGACGCGGUGAAUGCCACCAUGACUCCGGGCGUCGACACUGUCGCUGGCGGCAGCAACGGCCCGUACCCGGUCGUGAACCGUCCAGCAAAAUCGCGCGCUGGACGCGCCUACCCCGGCGCCCUUCCCCAGCGCAGUCUUAUCCCACCGUUCGAGCUGCAGAACCGCACGAUUGUGCCCCCAGAGCCCGGCGCGUGCCUUGAAUGCAUGAUGCGCGACGAAGAUAUGAUCGACGUUGUGGUCGCGGAUCCUGCGACGUGGGAGCGCGAAUCGGACGGCGACUUUUACGAAGCGAUUCGUUUGGAGCACGAGCAGCGCCUCGUCGCGCCACAGGUCGAGCCCGUGCACCCCGAAACAGGCGGACGCUUGACCAGGGUCCGGGUGAAGAAGGUGGCGAUGGGCAAGCUGCUCAGCUCGGGUAACCUGAAAGAACAUACCCAGGCACUGCGCAUGUCGAGCAGCCAACGCGCCAAAGCGGUUCAUCAGUUUGUCUACCAGCAGCGCAAACUGCUUGGCUUCACAGAAAAGAGCGAAGCGGACGAACUGGAAUCCAUGUGGGCCCAGCAGCGGAAACCGUCCGCGCGGGAGGGGAAGUUGACACCGACAAGACCGCCGCCUCCAAAGCCCAAGGCAGAGCAGGUGCCAAUAGCGCCUGCUCCGGCACUCGCUGUGCCUUUGCCCAUGACGCACACCAUGGGCGAGGCUGUGCAAUGGCCUGCUGCGGUAAACUCUCCCGUACAUGCCGCUCUCAACACGCCUUCGCGCACUCUCUCGGACAGUUUUCCACGCGCGGAAGUGUUGCAAACACCGACAAAGACGCCAGCGCAAACGUCACCGUUCGUGUCGAGCGCUGGGAAAGGGGUGCCUGCCCGUCGCCCUCUCGAGAAUACACCGUCGCCGCUGAGCGAAUUCCGCAUGCCGGACCGCCCAUUUGCGCGAAGCAAGCGCAGCAUCUCGUCCAGCUUGCAGAGCAAUGCAGAUGUCAGCAAUGCCAGCGUCAUCGACAUGCAUCUCACCGACGAGGCGCCCAAGCAGCGGCAGCCAGACGAGGCGAUCAAGACCCCUGCACAAGUCCUUCCGCCCAGCUCGCCGCCAGCACCAAUGCCCGAGGAAGCGCUUGGGGACGCGCGACCGCGUUCGGUCAAGGGCUUCUUCCGGCGCAUGGUCAGUAGCAAGCAUGCACCUGCGCCUACGCCUACGCCUGCAGAAGAACGCAAAGUACGUAAAGGGAAACCGGCUCUGUACGCGCCAGACACUGCGGAAGGCACGUCCGAAGGCGGCAAAGGUACUUUUUGGCGCAAGAUUGGCAAGCAGCCGCGCUCCAGCGAAUCCAUGCGACGAUUCGCUUCAGCGCCGCGAUACGCAGACGCGGCACAGGGACCGCCGCCGGCGCCCAAGGCAUCGAAAGGCGCGUCAUACCUUCCGUCGCGCAUGCCAGAUCAGAGAAAUUACAGGGUGCAUAGUCCUGAGCAUGACUCCAACUGGCUUUUGGAGAAUGCACGGAACUAUACCCCUUGA